AUGCGCAGAAUGCUUUCGUUAUCACAGAGAAUGAUUACAGGCUGUGGACAGUUUACCACCAAAAAUUUUAAAUCAUCAAGCCGCUUAAAUCCGAUUAAAGCCGUUCAGAUGUCAAGCCGCUUAAAUCAUCUUAGUUUUUGUAAAUUUCACAAUAAAAUUAAUUUGUUUCUUCUAAUUUUCCAGUUAAUGCCAUAUGCAUUUCAUUGGACAUUUCAUGUAGAAACUAUCGUUGCAUUUCAGGUUUCUGAGAACUGUUUCCAGCAUCAGAUAUGUCAACGAUAUGCUAAUCCGGCUUUGAUUAUUUAUCGCUUAGAUGCGCCGAAAGAGCUAUGCGAUUAG